GGCCAGUGUCGAUGUCGACCAAUGUCUCAGGUGCUUGGACGGGUUGUUAUACCGGAUUCAGAGUCUAGAGCAGCGGCAUGUCCGGUUCGGUCUCCAACCUCGCCGACGAGUUGUCUGUGGGUGAAUCCUUUCAAAUCUCUGCUCUCAAGGCACUGGUUGUGCAACCUCUCGCGUGCGCUGAGCUAUUCACCUGUAGGGUGACAACAUCAAAGGUACCCGUCAGAGGUGCAUUGGUUCUUCCUGGGUGGACCAAGACCGUUUAUCCUCCCCGCUUCGUCCCUCCAAAAGCCCCUCGAAUCGCGCCGAUACUCCACACUCGCUUCGCGACUGUGAUCAUCUGUCUAGGGCCAACGAUCUUCACACACCAGAGAACUCCCGGCUUCUAGAUCGUCAAGCUGGGAGGUACCUCUUACGUUGUCAACAACUCAGCAGGUCUGACCCUUGGGACUUUCUUCGUCGUGCGCCGCGGGCGAUGACCGCCUCCAGAAUGAUCGAAAACCGACAGCCUGUCGCCCUCGCAAUAGUCUGUACUUUUACAGUUGUCGCUUCCUUGACGGUCUUUCUUAGGGUGUGGUCCCGGUAUCUUGGACGAAACUUCUGUUGGGACGACUACCUCAUCCUCAUCGCAGCUGUGAUUUUUCUCGCGGAUACGAUUGCAACAUGGGUUUACAUCGUUUUGAGUGGUACAGGUUACCACGUAUAUGACCUGCCCAAGAAGUCUGUCCACGAGCAACUCGUCGCUCUACAUUGGAACUUUUCAAUUCAGAUGCUGUACCACCCACUCAUGGGGUUGAUCAGAGCUUCAAUCAUCGUUUUUCUCUUCCGGAUGAAGGACACUCGUCGGCGAGUACGAUAUCCAUUGCAUGUUGUCACCUGGCUCAACAUUGUCUACUCCGUAGGAUCGACCAUCGUCAACUUGACCCAAUGCACUCCAUACCCCUAUGUCUGGUCUCGGCCUGCGAUGGACAAGGUUGGUCCCAACGGAACUGUCAUACCAGGCGGUACAUGCAUCGACGCCCGUACCUUUGUCCUGGUGUCCUGUGGUCUUUCAAUCUUCAUGGAUCUCAUCAUUAUGCCAAUUCCGACUGUCAUGGUGUGGAAUCUCCAGAUGCACCGACGCACGAAGGUCCUGGUGGUGUUUGUUAUGAGCCUAGGAUGGAUCGCGACAGGAGUCUCCGUUGGGCGGUUCAUUGUGUACUACUACCGCUUCGCGCCUACCAACAAAGACCGCACAUGGGAUAUCGGGAUUGCAAUCAGUAUCGCUGAGCCGGCUGUACACAUAAUGACAGCGUGCGCGCCCGCGACAAAGUGUCUCUUCCGGCAUUUGUUCCCACAGUACGGCACCAACCGCAAAGCCUCAUAUUACCACGAAGGAACAGUGACUGGCCAUCGUCCAAGCAAACUUGGGUCGUAUGGUUCCAAGAUGAUGGGCAACUUCAAAUUUGAUGUUCCCGCCCACAAGAAUGAAGAGAUCGACCUGGAGGUUGGAGGUGCCCCGAGGACUGCUCCAUUGCCGCCACCUGAGGAUAAGGACGCAAACGCCUUCGACUGGAAAGCUGUAGCGAGUAUUCAGUCAAGGGAGUCGGCAGAAGCAUUGCCGAGGAGAAAGAGUUGCUCGAAGACUGCAUGCACGGAAUCAAGUGAAGCAGGCUACAAGUCGUACGCUGUCCGCACAGUCAUCUCGGGCUGGGACGAGAGUUUCAAUUCAAUUACAGGACUCAACGGAUCAGGAAAAUCAAACAUCCUUGAUUCAAUAUGCUUUGUGCUUGGUAUCAACAAUCUGAGCGUUGUGCGAGCACAGAACUUGCAGGACCUCAUCUACAAGCGUGGUCAAGCCGGAGUGACCAAAGCGAGCGUUACCAUCGUAUUCGACAAUCGCGACAAGACAAAGAGCCCAGUCGGCUUUGAGGAACAUGCGCAGAUAUCGGUGACACGACAGAUUGUGUUGGGGGGAGCGAGCAAAUACCUCAUCAAUGGACACCGCGCACAGCAGCAGAGUAUACAGAACCUGUUCCAGUCUGUGCAGCUCAACAUCAAUAACCCCAACUUUAUGAUUGCACAAGGAAAGGUUAUGCAAGUGCUGAACAUGAAGGCAAAGGAAAUCUUGGCUAUGCUUGAGGAGGCUGCGGGAACGCGCAUGUUUGAGGAUAGGCGAGACAAGGCCUACAAGACCAUGGCAAAGAAGGAGAUGAAAGUCCAGGAAAUUGCCGAGCUGCUACGCGAUGAGAUUGACCCAAAGCUGGAAAAGCUACGGACGGAAAAGAGGGCCUUUCUGGAAUUUCAGCAGACACAGAGCGAGCUUGAGCGUCUCACAAAACUUGUCGUAGCACAUGACUAUUUGCGAUACAAUGAGCGACUGCAACAAUCAGCGGAAGAUCUCGAGGCGAAGAAGCAGCGAGCAAAGGACCUUGAAGAGUCAACUGUGCGUAUGAAGAAGGAGAUCGAACAUCUCCAAGAAGACAUCAAGCAGACAAAGGCAACAAGGGAAAAGGAACUCCGAAAAGGUGGAAAGUUUCAAGCACUCGAAGAAGAAGUAAAGGCACAUUCUCACGAGAUCGUCCGUCUGACCACGAACCUGGAGCUUAAGAAGACUAGCAUGGCUGAAGAAGUUGAGCGUGAAAAGAGUGUCCAGAAGAGCGUGAAAGAACUUGAGAAACUACUGCAAGAGAAGAAGCAAGCUUACCAAAAGGCGCAAGAAAAAUACCAAACAGCCCAUGCAGAGCUAGCAAAGCAGACGGAGGAAGUUGAGCAGAAAGAGGAGCUCCUCCAGACUCUGCAAACCGGAGUGGCAUCGAAAGAAGGCCAAGAGGGCGGUUACCAAGGUCAAUUACAAGAGGCCAGAAAUCGAGCGAGUGCAGCCGCGACAGAGCAGGAACAAAGCAAGUUAAGGAUAUCGCAUCUCGAGAAGCAGAUCAAGGAGGAUGAGCCGAAGGCUAAAAAGGCAAGAGAACAGAACUCUGGACUGCUCAAAGAUCUUGAAGCCCUCAAGUCACAGGCUACAAAGCUCGAGGCAGACUUAGCGAAGUUAGGCUACGACGAGGGCCAAGAGGCAAGCAUGUAUCAGCAAGAAUCACAUCUCCAGGCACGCAUCCGGGAAAUCAGGCAGCAGGCGGAUGCGAUGAGGCGACAGGUUGCUAAUAUUGACUUUAGCUACAGCGACCCAUCACCGAACUUUGAUAGGUCUCGUGUCAAGGGUCUUGUUGCUCAGCUCUUCACGUUGGAAAAGGAGCAUACCCGAGCGGGCACUGCUCUAGAGAUUUGCGCUGGAGGCCGGCUGUACAACGUUGUCGUCGACUCUGCCGCCACUGGUAAGCAGCUUCUCGAGAACGGCAGGCUCAAGAAGCGAGUCACGAUUAUCCCUUUGAAUAAGAUCGCGGCCUUCAAAGCAUCAGCAGAGAAGAUUGGAGCAGCUCAGAAGAUUGCGCCAGGCAAAGUCGACUUGGCACUAUCAUUGAUUGGGUACGACGACGAGGUCACCGCCGCAAUGGAAUACGUCUUUGGCUCUACCCUUGUUUGUGAAGAUGCGGAAACCGCUAAGCGCGUAACAUUCGAUCCCGCAGUACGCAUGAAGAGUGUAACACUUCAAGGUGACACUUACGACCCUGCCGGUGUGUUGUCUGGUGGUAGCGCACCCCAGUCUAGUGGAGUUCUCAUCACCUUACAAAAGCUCAAUCAGAUCACAACAGAGCUGAGGUCUCAGGAAGCUCAGCUUCAAUCCUUGCAAGCCACCAUGGCAAAGGAAAAGAAAAAGUUGGAUGCUGCUCGCAAGUCAAAGCAGGAACUCGACCUGAAGAGGCACGAGAUCAAACUUACCGAGGAGCAGAUUGGCAGCAACGCAUCUUCAUCGAUCAUACAAGCUGUCGAGGAAAUGAGGCAGACCAUUGCUCAGCUCAAAGAAGAUAUCAAGGCGGCCAAAACCCGGCAAGACGAGGCCAACAAAGACGCGAAGCGGAUCGAGCGCGACAUGAGCGAGUUCAGCAACAACAAAGACAGUAAGCUUGCAGAGCUACAGUCUUCUCUGGAGAAGCUGAAGAAGGCUUUGGCGAAGAACAAUGCCUCAAUUAAACCUCUUCAGACCCAGAUGCGCGAAGCCAUGGUAGAUUCUGAGCAGUGUGGAAGUGAUCUUGCAGCCACUCAGGAGCAGCUAGAAGAAGUCCAGACCAACUUAAAGUCACAGCAAGAGGAACUCGACGAAUUGCUGGCUGAGCAAUCUCGUGUCAAGGAUGCACAUGACCUAGCCGCGGCUCAGUUAAGUGAUGAGCAAGCAAAAUUGACUGGCUUUGACGAGGAGCUCCGCUCACUCGAAGACGCGAUCCGUUCAAAGAACUCAGCUAUAACGGAAGGCGGCCUUGAGCAACAAAAGUUGGGUCACGAGAUUGAAAGGUUCCACAAGGAACAAGAAGGCGCAGAAGGCCACAUUAGGGCACUUGAGAAGGAGUACGAAUUCAUUGCCAACGAUUCAGAGCUUUUCGGUCGACCUGGCACAGUGUACGACUUCAAGGGGGUAAAUAUGUCGGACGCAAAGGCCCGGCGCAAGUCACUGGAAGAGCGGUUCCAACAAAAGAAGAACAAGAUCAACCCCAAAGUCAUGGCCAUGAUUGACAGUGUAGAGAAGAAGGAAGCCAGUCUCAAGAAGAACAUGUCGACAGUGGUUCGAGACAAGUCCAAGAUUGAAGAAACCAUUGUCAAGCUCGACGAGUACAAGAAAGAGGCGUUGCACAAGACAUGGUCGAUUGUCAACCGCGACUUUGGACAAAUCUUCAACGAGCUCUUGCCCGGUAGUUUUACGAAGCUUGAUCCUCCUGAAGGUAAGACAAUCUCGGACGGACUGGAGGUCAAGGUGAUGCUUGGCAAGGUGUGGAAACAGUCCCUGACCGAGUUGAGUGGUGGUCAAAGGUCUCUCAUCGCGCUCUCGCUUAUCAUGGCUCUUCUUCAGUUCAAGCCUGCGCCAAUGUACAUUCUGGACGAGGUUGACGCCGCGCUUGAUCUGUCGCAUACACAAAACAUUGGCCGCCUGUUCAAGACAAGGUUCAAGGGCUCGCAGUUCAUCGUCGUCAGUCUGAAGGACGGCAUGUUCCAGAAUGCGAAUCGCAUUUUCCGCACGCGCUUUGUUGACGGCACGAGCGUGGUGCAGGCAACGUCUGGGUCAUCAGGAUAAGGCGGGAGUAGAGUAUCACGUGUAACGAGACAUGGCUUGAUACGAUACCCAGGGUACACGGUUUGAAUUGCUUGUUUGGAUAGUUGUUUGUAUAUGUGGGCAUAGGGACGGUGCUAUUGGAGUCUAGUUCGGGGCACUAGUGGCCCGGUUGGGAAGUUGGGUAUGCACCAGCCCGGCAUGACUGGCCGCUUCCCUGUUAAGAUCUCUUGUCGCCUGUUUCUCCUUCCCCAUACGGCAAACCAAGAUGCGUUUUGAUGAACAUCCAUGGCCAUAGCAGAAUGCUGUUUUCUACUAUGACCCACCACCUAUCUUCAUUAUACCCUCUUUCGCAAUACACCUAUUGAUAAGCUCC